AAAUCGAGUACGCAGUGGAUCAAGGCCCUCUCCCGCCACAUGGAUCAGAGUUGUACAGGACAUUGCCAACCUGCGCAGUCCUCGACUACUGGCCCAUCAACAACCUUGAGCGGCGUGCAAGGCGGAAGCUGCGAGAAGAACGGCUAUCCGCCGCUAGCAGGAGAAGAGCAGCGGCAGUUGGUGUUCAACAAGAGUUCGGGUAGUCGGGGCAGCAACAUUGUGGGGACGAACUACAACCCGCCGCCGAGUUGUGGGAAUGUACAACUAUUAUCGUCUGCGACAUCUGCUGCCCACGUGCUGCAAACAAAUCGAUCAGCGCUGACGGACUAUGAGCAGGGUGAGAUCCUGGGCUACGGAAACGCAGUGUUCUACUAUGGACAAAAUUCUGCAGCAAAAGCGACGGGGUCAAAAUUAACCCAAAUGACCAGCUUUUCCGACGAUCGCGGGGACUACCGCGGCCUUCCCGGUGACCACCUCGCCUAUCGCUACGAAAUACUGAACAAGCCGCUGGGAAAGGGGAGCUUCGGACAGGUGUUCUUGGUGAAGGACCACACGGAUGAUGGACGUGGGGAACAAGAAAGUGCAAGUUGUGAAGUAGCUGCAGGAUCUUCACCUACUCCGACGCCGGGGGCAUCAUCUUUACCUGUAUCGUCCGUAGCAACCUUCACUAGUACUGCGAUGUCCGCGACUGGCCGGGCUUCGUCGCGAAAUAAAUCUCGAUGUUCCCACGAGGCGUCAGACAAGAAAAAUAAAAAGGUCGCAUGCAAAAUCAUUCGCAACAAGAAGCGGUUCCAGCAACAAGCCUUAGUGGAGGUCCGGAUUCUGAAGAUCCUCAAGGAAAAAAUGAUCGCGCAAGGAACCAGUUUCAAGCCGCCUCCCAUCGUCCAAAUGCUAGACCAUUUCUACUUUCGCAACCACCUCUGCAUCACGUUCGAGUUGCUCAGCAUCAACCUAUACGAAUUUAUCAAAAGCAACCACUUUCAAGGGGUUUCGCUCAACCUGGUGCGUCGCUUCGCCGUGCAGCUGCUGGAGGGCUUAUCGUUUUUGAAGAGCUGCAACGUGUUGCACUGCGAUUUGAAGCCAGAAAACAUCCUGCUAGAAAAACCGGACAAGAGCGGAAUAAAGGUACGGUGCACUGAGGCUAGCAAAAAUCCUUACAUUAUUUAUUCAACACUUGUUGAAGUGCGGAUAUUCAUCUUACAUCCUCGCCUUGGUCCGCAUUUUUUGACGUUGGCUAUGCAUACAGCAUACUCAUGAAUGGUUACUAUUUCCUAUGAUUGUUCAUUGCUCCCUGGUGUGUCAAGAGUACGACAACGAGUAGAUGUAAACUCGACACAUGCUUCAAGUGAAAAUAGUAAAUACGAACCAGAACCUCAAGAUCUUGCAUCUCUAAAACCAACCUGCACCAGAUCAUCGACUUCGGUUCGAGUUGCCUAGAAAGCGAGCGUGUCUACACCUACAUCCAGAGCCGUUACUACCGGAGUCCCGAGGUGGUUCUAGGACUCCCAUACGGCCCACCGAUAGACAUGUGGUCACUCGCCUGCGUUCUGGCAGAGUAUUUCAACAUAGUACGUAGCUGUGUGUCUGUAUUCGUGCUCUAUUUCUUCUUGCUACGUUGAUUUUUUAUGACACCGAGGUGGACGCGCGCGCAGCGAAGAAUGAUAGUUGUCACCCGCCAGCUUCAGCAUCUCCAUCUGCAACAGUUGCAUGCAUAAAAACCAAAAAUGAAAAAAAAUGUUCUACAUCAAUGUCAAUAAACUACAACUUCAAUUUUGCAUUGCAAUAGCAAUAUCAAUAUCAAUAAACCGUACAACUUACUAGAACUUGAACUUCACCACGCCCUUUCAGAUUGUAUACCGGUUACCCUCUUUUCCCCGGCGAAAACGAAGUGGAGCAGCUCGCGUGCAUUCAGGAGUGCCUCGGGCCAAUACCAGGAGCGCUGGUGGAGAAAAGCCCGCGCAAGAAGCAGUUUUUCGACCACCAGAACCAGCCGCGGGUCGUUGCGAAUUCGCGCGGAUACAAGCGGAAGCCGGGAACGAAGGAGCUCUGUCUGGCUCUGCGGUCUGUGGACCCGCGCUUCACCAGGCUUGUCGAAAAUUGCCUCGAGAUUGACGCAAAAGACCGAUGGACGCCGGAAGACGCGCUCAAGAGCGACUUCAUCACGGACUCGUCCUCCACAAAAGCCGGGUCUUCCGCUUUUGACGAAAACCGUACGACCUCCUCAUUGACCGACUCUGCUGCAAACCCUCCUCGGUCGUCCUCACGAAGAUCGGCGUCGACUUCGAGGCGCCGCGGUUUCGUCCCCUUUGCCGCCGCCGUGCCCGCCCCUCCUGCUCAACCUUCAGCGGCCGGUGGGAGCAGCGUAGGCGCUGGUGUCGUCGCAAACAAGUGUCGCAGGAGAGAAAAGGAAGAAGCUGAAGCAGCUGCAGCGCCGGCAGGAGCACACGAAGUGGGUUCUUAUGGCGUAGUACCGGCGGCGAUUGACCUAAAAACGGCGGGGAUCGGGAUCAUCAAGAUGCCUACAACCGAGGAGCACCAACAUGACACGACCGUUGUCAGCAAGAACGAUGGCAGUGGUACAACCGCAGCUCGCGAGGGGUUUUUCGCCGGCCCGCAACCCCUUCUUGUGAAUGCUCCGCUGCAAACGAAUAUGGAGCAACCCGACAAAAUCGAUACGACACCCUGCUUCGCAGGUUUGGCACGUGGUAACCAGUUGCAGCAGGCUGCAGGGACGAGUGAGCUGCAUCGUGAACAAGAGCUACUACUUCAACAAAUGAAACAGCCCGUGGCGGCCCAGCAAUUAUGUCUUCAACGGUCGUUAGCAUAGAGAAGGGUGAAUUUGCAGUGAAUUUGUAUUGCGUGGCGUGAUGCAGAUGCAUGAAUUAAGGGGCAUAUGAAGAACACGAGGAGGACACCAGGCAGUCAGUGUUCCGGGUAGUUGAAAGGCUAGCACUUGCCCGGUGCCAUUUGGAUGGGGACGCUCUCUGUCAAAGCCUAAAGUAGAGACGCACGUCUUUGCUGCCUGUUGCGUUGCCAAGAAGCAAAGGCGGCCCGUGGCGGUCUCACAAUACAACACUGCCUCUGCGGGGUCCAUAGUGGGUCGAGAGGGAGGGGGCCGAAGCCUCAACAGGAGAGGGGCACUGGGUCAACAUCUAAAUGGGUAGCUCUCACGGGUUGCGGCUGGCUCGGCUUGAAUGUCUGGAGACAUGUUGCAAUGGAUGCUAGCAUCGCCUGCUUUGCUCUGUAGCUCGCAUCUUCCGAGCUGUGUUCCUGCUUCAUCUUGUUCGGGUCCUCUAGUCUUCUUCGACGUGAUCCCCAGGUCAGAAAUUCUCCUGGUGAAUUUUGAGGCUUUUGCCUUUUGCUAAACUUUUCUGGAGCUCCAAAACCCGGAGUUUCUCAUGCGCUAGCGAAUUUUGAACAGGGGCCGCAGGCCAAAAGUCACUCCCGCCCUUUUCAAAAUUCACCCCAAAAUUCACCGGGCGCCCCUUGUCGACCGUGAUAAGCAAACUUUAGCGCAGAAAAGUGCUCAAGGAAGUCCGCAGAUAGGCUCUGGGAAGUGGGGCCGAGGGGAAAAGACAAGCGCCCUCUGCUGCCCUCAGCCCGUCUAUAUUCUGCCGGAAAGGCCGGGAGAGUUCACGCACCUGCCCGAUAGACGCGUCAAAGCUCUCGGCCUGGUCCUUUCGCCCUUGCCUUCGCGCCUUCUUGCCUAAUUGCAUUUGCUUCGCAGCACUUUCUUUUUGGCGUCUCUGCCGCGGCUGCUGCAGUGCUCGUAUGCGAGCACAGGGAGACGAUGACGAAUAGACAUGGCCAAAGAACGGCACCCAGGCCAUGUCUAGAAGCUGCCGCCGCAUAAGCCUUGACAACUUCUGCGGUGUGCAGAACGCACUUCCCAGAAGGGCAAGAGGGACAAUGUACCGGCGGACCCGCCUGCAAUUUGUCAUGCAAAAUUCACUACAAAUGCGCAACUUCUCAUGCUACCGGGUGUCAAAGCUACUACUUCAACAAAUGAAACAGCCCGCGGCCCAGCAAACUCAAGCUGUUCCAGCCGGAGUACAUCAACAGCCGUCGGGCCGAAAUAAUUCAUCGAUUCUGAGCCGCCGAAAAGGCAGGACACGGCACCAGUCACAUUCACGCAGCACGAGAACUCGGUCCCGAGCCGGAGGCGUCGAACCGGUCGGCAGCACGAUGAAGAUUCAUGCGAUGAAUGAGUCGCUCGUGAACCAGCGCGUCGACGAUUUGGCGAACAUCUACAACAACGUCGAGCAUUUCGUCGGACCAAGUCGAGCGAAAACCAUUGGGGGGAUAAAAACGCGCCCGCACCGCGUAACGGGCUCUUCUGCUGCUGCAACUAAAGUGACUCUGCCCUUGGAAAACGAAAACUUGUCGAGCAAAGCGGUUCCUUCCUCCAGUAUCAUGACACCAGAUUUCAAAUACGAGGAUCCUGUGUGGCCCAGUGCCAGCAUCACUUUCACUGCUGGAGGCAUGCAACAGCUGCACAACCGAACGCAGCAGAAAGAGACGUUCCGACCCGUCGAUGCCCUUGGACAACUGGCGAAGAAACUUCAGUCUCAAGAGCACGCGUUUCCAGAAAAGAGCGGGCAUUCUGCCGCUCUCGUUCAGCAGCCAAGCGCGAAUCAAUCUCAUGGAGUUGUAAUGAACCACAGCAAUAUCAAUCCGAUCGACGGGAGCUUGCGGGCGGACAUAUUGAGUACUGCGAGGGGGAACAAAAUAAUGGUGAUGGGCCUAAGUAAUUCUCCACGAAGGAGCGGACCUCCCCCUCCGGGGGUCAACAAAAGCAACUACUUGAUCGCCGGGCAUGCUCAUUGGAGGUAAGCAUCGCGCGAGUGAAAAGAACAACAGCGAGUUGUACUCGUAGGUCAGACAAAGACUGCUCAAUGGCGUUCUUCGCUGUUAGGCUUUCUAGCGUCGUCGUUUUGAGGACAUCACCAAGUGCAUCACGAUUUCCCUCGACGUCGUUUGUGUCGCUUUUGAUUGCUUGCUAAAAACAAGCUUGCGAUUUUUAUGCACACGAAGUAAUAUAUUGAUAAAAUUGCUUUUGAUUUCGUGUUGUGCGUUAUGGUCACCUCUAUCAAGAUCAUGGGAGAUGCUGCGUAUCAAAGGAUGCUGCGUACAACGCAGGAAAAUGAAGUCGACAUGUAUGAUUAUGAGGUUGAUGCACAUUGCACGACGAAGUACCGUGAUGUAUGUACUGAUUCAUUAAUAGUCGUAGAGGUUACACGUUCUUCAACUAGUAAAGCUACAUCGAGGAAGUUCGCGGGAAUGCGAGCAAACAUCGUCAUUCUUAAAGUUCAAUGUAUUAUGUCUAUUAACUACGAAGUGAUGUAGCGAAUCAUACAUGAUGAACAUGGAGCAACUGCGAGUAAGAGUAAGUGAGUGCCACGUAAGUAGAAGUACAGAAGAAAACUUCAACAUAAUUGCUAAGUACCGUAUCACCGUGAUUGAGAUUGUACCUGGACUGGAGGUUGUUGUUGGCGUACAAGCGUAAUUUAUAAUUUGCAAGUGCAUUCUUGGAAAAGUGCAUGUGAUGUUUCGGACGGACACCGACAAGGUGAAUGGAGCUGCAUCAUCAAAUACUCUCGUCGGACAGUGCAUGCAGUGAGUUCGCUCACCACCGAACGAGGUUCCUCCGAACUCGACAUUUCUGUUUUUGUCUGCUCCGGC